GGUUUAACUUUUAAGAAUCAACUAAUUCAUUCCAGCGACAAAUUUGAAGCUUGGAGAACCCAGAGGAAUCUUCAAGACCUUAUACCUCAACAACAAUGGCGGAAUCAAACCACCAUUUCCAAGAGCUCGACGAUCCUUUCUCAUCAAACCACUCUCGUCUACCAGACGAUACCGUUUUCUACUCCAUUUACCCAUAUUUCUCCCUUUGCUCCUCUUCCUCCGCCAUUACUGACCACCUUCAAUCUCUACACCUUCAAAUCCUCUCAACUAUCUCUCCUCUCACUUCUGACUAUAUAUGGCAACACGAACCUUUCUCACUUUCUCCCUCUACCUCAGAUAAUCUUCCUCACUUCCAUGGCAAGGUCAAAUUUGGCGAUAAUCUUGACGAUGAAUGGUUUGUUGUUUUUCUUCUUUUUCACAUUUCUCGCAAAUUUACAUCUGUUUCUGUUCGUGUUUGGGAUACCGAUGGUGAAUUUCUACUUAUAGAAGCUGCUUAUUAUCUUCCUCGGUGGCUUAAUCCAGAGAAUUCUAGUAAUCGUGUUUUUAUUCGGAAUAGCGAAGUUCAUAUUAUACCUAGAAAACAAUUUUCCUCUACCCCUCCUUUGAAAGAUGCUCUUAAGUUUUUGAUUGAGCACCCUGAGAUUACUAGGGCUUCGGAUGCAGUUCAGUCGGCGAUUAAAGGUCGGAUUUCGGAUUAUCCCGAUAAAGCUAGGCGGAAUGUUCACCGUGUUAGGGUUAGGGUUCCGGUUUCCAUCGCCCAGGUUUUGAGGCAUGAGCCCUGUCUAAUAUCCUUGGCAGUUGAGGGAUUUUAUGAUCGCGAUAUUGAUACAAUGAAAUACGCUGCCAACAUGAAGAAGUUUUUGCCGAACGGGCGUGAAGAGGAGCUGGUUCUGGUAUCAGUGAAGAUGUCAAGGGCGAUGUAUGCUCAAUUGUUGCAGCAAAAAUUUCAGGCGCCUAAGUGUUAUCCAAUGCCGCCUCUGCCACCAAGGACUGAUCAAACUACAUACAUGGAGGCUGAACUAGGGAUGAAGAUUGCAUGUGGAUUUGAAAUGAUGUAUCAGCAGAGAAAGAAAGAGGGGGAAGAAGGGAAGGGAAGUACUUGGGAGGCGUUUAAAGAGAGUUUUGAGAAGAUUGGGUAUUUCGAGGGGCUGCUUCGAGGUUCUCAAGAGUACAAAAGGUUGAUGGAGAAGGUGGAGGAGUAUUACAAGGAGAGAGCCCUGCAUUAUAGGGCUAGUGAGAUGCUAAGUGCUCCAGUGAGGCGUAUAGAUGAAAUUCUUGCAUUACCACAUUCCUCGGAUGAUUUCAAGGGUCUGGAAGUGCCUUCAUCUGAUGAUGAUUCUUGGCUUUAUUGUGGAGAGGAAGAGUUAAAAUCUGUACUUGAGGACAGACAAAGAGAGAUGGAAUUGUAUGAGCAACAGCAGAAAAGGAAGCAGAAGGGAAAGGCUAAGGUUGAUGAUGAUUUAUCCAACAUGAAUACAAAUGAUUUUGAUUUAAAAGACAUAGCAAAAUCCAUGGACACUUUUGUACAAAAAGUAUCAAGUUAUCAAGGAGCAGAGGUUCCUGAAGACAGGGACCUGCAAGAUGUGGACUUUGAUGUUGGCCGUUUUAUGAAAGAACUUCAAUCAGCAACAAGGCCUUCUGGCGGUGCAGAUGGUGUUAGUGAUGUUGAUGCGGAGGAAGGAUCUUUGUCUGACAUGGAUUUCGAUGACUCCGAGGACGAAAGUGAUGUGGAAGCACCUAAUGAGAAAGAAUUCAUGAAUGCUUAUACGGAGACCCUUAAUGAAGAGCUGAGAGGUACCACACUAAAGAAAAGCUUUGUUCGGGCAACUGAUCAUUCUCCAAAGAAAGACGAGCACAUGUCAAAUGAUGCUGAAGAGGACAUGGAUGAUGACUUCACUCCCGUGGAUGUAGAUUUUAACCUUGUGCAGAGCUUACUGGAUUCGUUUUCUUCUCAACAAGGUCUUCCGGGUCCUGCUUCUAAUCUGCUUGGUCUUAUGGGCAAGCAGCUUCCGCAAGAUGACCCUGGCAAAAGCGGCAAAGGCAAUUAGACAAAACACUAAUAUUGUUCUGCUUGUUUUACGACUGAAAAACUAUAUAAUGAAGGUUGUAUGUGCAGUUAUAAUGAUAGGCUUACAACUACUGAUGCUGUAAAAUUGUAACGCCCUUGUUCCUGAUUUUAGAGACUAUUUAGAUAGUUAGGACUUAGUUAUAAUUAUAUCUAUUCAAAGUCUUGACUCUUGAAGCUAUUUUCGGAGCGACUUUUAAUAGUGAAAAUGGCUUGAAAUAGAUGUAUAUGCAUUUCCUAUGAUUUGUUAUGGUUAAUUUUAAUUCCAUUAGGUAUUGUUUGGGGUAAUGAUUCUUAAAU